AUGAGGAUCAGAGCACCUCUUCCCCCUGGUAGCCCAGAGCCCUGGCUUCUCCCAGGCUGCAGCUCGGUAUAUGAUAGCCUGGUAAGCUGUAGAACACCUCAGUCAUCACACUUGACUGAAGAACGGAGCUUUUCCACCAUAAACAAGCCUCGCAGAUCAUCUAUUCUUGAGAGAUGUAUCCUCAAGAUUUCUACAGCUAAUGUUGCUGUUGGGACCGAGGAUAUAGAUAAGAGAUCCCCGUCAAGGCAACGGUGGUAUUCUCACAAUGCUGACUCUUCCAAUUGUGAGACUAAUGAGUCAGUACUGAAGCGCAGACAGAAGCAGAUUCAAUAUGGAAAGAACACAUGUGGCUACCAGAACUAUCUGAAGCAGGUGCCAAAGCGUCUUCGGAUCCCUGGUUUUCACCCAUCCACUCCCAACAAAUAUCGAAAAUACAGCCGACGAUCUUGGGACAUGCAAGUCAGGCUUUGGAGGAGAGCACUGCAUGCUUGGGAUCCACCUUCAGCAAUGCAAGGGAACCCUGAAGAAAAUGAUCCAGUCGAUCAUCUGCAAGGUUUGCUUGAGCAGAUGAAUACUGAUUUGGGUGACGAAGGCCGAGGAAAAAAGGAAAGGAUGAAUACAUCUGGACAUUCUCAACUACCAGCAGGUUCAACCAAUGGCUUCUGGAAGCCUCUUGCUCAGGCUGACUCACCGGGUCAACAGAGCCAGACUUCUGGAUUAGCCUAUACAUUUAACAGUCACUUAACUGCUGAGGAGAAUGUUCUAGGAUGGCUAAGAUUUCUUUUGGAGACUGACAGCACAUGCCAUGAUGCUGCCCCACAGCCACUCUGGAGUUUUUACUGA